AAAGCUCAGCAAACUGACGGUGGAGAUGCGGCUCUCACGGGUUUUCAGAGCUGUGCUGCUGCUGUUUCUGCUCAUGCUUUUGUUAGAUGCUGCUCUCUCUGAGAAUAGGACUAAAAGAAAAAGAUGUUCUGGUGUGAAGAAGUGUACUAGUGCUGGAUGUAAAUCAAGAUGUCAAAGAAAGACAGCUUGGGUCAUUCUAAACUCAGCUUGGGACAAUAUAAUGAGUGACACUCCGUCUCCAGACAGAUCUCUGUCGCCUUGGACAUACACAACUUCUGUUGAUGAGUCACGAAUCCCAUCAACAAUCUCAGAGGCAAAAUGUGAAAAAAGAGGCUGUUUAACAAAAGACGGUGAGGAGGACCUGGGACUGGAGUCCCAACCCAUUUACUACCAGAUCAACAUCCUGAGACGAGUGAAGAAAAAAAAUUCAACAUUUUACGCUCUUAAACUGGAGACGAAAAAAGUUAGUGUUGGCUGCACAUGCGUUUUACCAAUUGUUUUGCCUCAGAACUAGUUUGUUUGAUGUGCUUCUAAGCACAUUCUGCUUUAUUGUAAUAUUAAUCUGCUUAUAGUUAUAGUUCUGUAUACUUUAGAUGAGCUUUGCAUUAAUUAAAGCUGUUGUACAUUACUUUGUAUUUAUUAUAUCAGUUAAUAAAAGAAUAUACAGCGCCUAUAGAAAUAAUCACUCGGUUUUUCAUACAGCCUGAAAACGAAUCACAUUGUGUUUUUGUAGCCUUCUCCUUUCUACAACUUUAUCCAAAAGGUCUUUUGAAAGCAGGGUGAAAUGUGAGUAAAGGUGUAGAUUUUCACAAAGUAUGAUGACUUUCUAUAGGCACUGUGUAUAUGCAUUAUUGAAACAUGUUAUUGAUAUUAUUGUAACACCCUGAAGAUCAUGUAGCACUCCAGUAAAGGUGUUUAUCGCUGUUCAAUAUUUGAUUAUUUCACUUCUUCAUUGUGUUGUACCUCAAAUUAAAACACAUGUAGUUCAGUUAAAUGCAAAAAAAAAAAAAGUUUUUAAUCGGUAACUAUCAUGAAUAAUUGUGAUUAGCAUAACAUUUUCCAAAGUGGUUGACUGAAAGUUUGUAAUUCAAGCUAAAGUACAAGUUUAAUAAAGCAGGUUGUCUACUAUAGAUAGCUAUUUUAGCAUCUUAUUUAGAAAAGUUCAGCCGUUUUAAUGAAAGUAUCCAUGUUUUAUUCAAAAUAAAAGUUUAAUUUUAUUGA